ACACCCCUUUCUACUUCAUUAAUCAUCAAAUUCGUCUCUCUCUUUUGUUUUAUUAUUAUUAUAUCACAACUUUCAGCUGCUUUGGAUCUUGAAAAAACUCUCAGAUCUGUUGAGGAAAACAAAGGCCGAGAGAUCUCUCAUUCAGAAUCCAAUUCUUGCCCUUCAAGAUGCAAUCUGCAAACUACGACCAAAUCUCUCAAAAACCUCUCCAAAUCAAACACCAAAAUGACAGAUUCUUCACAAGGCCGGCGCCGGUUCUGUCCAAAGAAGCAAACUCCGCCGCCAACUCGUCUUUUCGAGUCUACUAUGGCGGCGCCUCCGGUGCAAUUCCGUUCAGAUGGGAGUCCAGACCGGGCACUCCAAAGCACAGCUAUUCAGAAACUUCAAUUCCUCCCCUUACUCCUCCUCCUUCUUACUAUACCUCUUCACAUUCUAAUUCCAAGGCCUCCUCCAAACCAACCCUUUUGAGCUCAAUUUUCCCCCGCCUCGCGCCGAGGAGAUCCCGAAACUCCCCGUCCUCGUUCUCCUCCGCCUCUCUGUCGUCCUCGUUUUCGUCGUGGUCGUCCUCUCGCUCGUCGUCCUCCUCCUCGCCCAAACUGAACUUCUUCAAGCGUCGCCGCUCAAUCUCAGAUACUCCGAGCUUGCCAUUUGAGUAUAGCUUCGACGACGGCGACGGGGACGAGCCCGGGAGCUCGAAUUCUCCGACAUCAACCUUGUGCUUUGGUGGUGCUUCUUCAAGUAGAGCUUCAUUCCGAGGUUGUUACCAGUUAGUGAGUGUGAAGAAUGCUUUUUUGUCCAUGGUUGGCCAUGGAUCCGCUGGCCGAGGUACUGUUAAUUAAUUAAUUAGUAAACAUAAUUUGCUGUGUGAAUCUAAUUAAUUAGUCAAAUUCCCAUAUCCCUUCUUCUUCUUCUUCUUCUUCUUUUCUUUUUAUGGGUUCAAAAUCUUCUGUCAUUGUGUCUGUGUGUGGAGUGAAAUGUUAUAUUAUUGUAUGGAACAUUCAGUUUGUUGAAUGGCAUAUCUCAUGUCAAACUAUAACAAAAUCCAAGCUUUUUUAGCCUUCUUCUGUUAA